AUGGAGUCAGCAACUGGGGCUGCUGAGAGCGAAGUGCCGCUGCAGGAGUUGUGUGUUGGUGGCAAUGGACACCUGGAGACUGUCGGGGAGCCAGAACCUCGUCGUAACUGCAAGACACACAAAGCACGUACCAUCAUCGUAGCUGUCGUCCUCACCUUCGUGAUCUUGGUUCUGAUCGCUGCCAUCGCUCAUCUGGCAGUGCUGAGACCGAAGCUUCAGUCAACUGAUCUGGGGCCCCCUGCUGUGCCCUGGUGCCCGGACGGCUGGGUCGGGUACCGAGGGAAAUGCUACUAUUUCUCUGAGACUGAAGGGAACUGGAACUACAGCCGGAGCAACUGCUCCUCCCUCGGCGCCUCCCUGGCUGGGAUCGACAGUGAGCAGGAAUUGAUGUUCCUGCUGCACUAUAAGGAUGUCUGUGACCACUGGAUCGGCCUCCGGAGGGAGCAGGGACAGCCCUGGAAAUGGACCAACGGCACCAAAUUCAGCCACCUGUUUCGGAUAAGAGGAGGCAGUGACUGCGCGUAUCUGAACGACAAGAAAGGGGUCAGCAGCUCACGGUGCUCCAUGGAAAGACGGUGGAUCUGUAGCAAACUGAGGUGUAUGUGAUGGGCAAAGGGACUGCACUGGAAGGGAGCUCAAAAUAAGCCUCCUAGAAAUGACACUGAUACAACUCGUACCUACUUGAAUGAGCCGUGUCCCCAUUCAUCAGCCUGGCCAAGAUCUCAAAAUCAGGCAGUG